GGAGAUGCGGAGAAGGUGAAGCAGCUGGAGGAGAAGGUGCAGACCCUGAGCAAGCAGCUGGAGGACCUGCAGGCGACCGCGGAGAAGCUGCUGCAGGAGGGGAGCAAGGCGGUGGAGCUCUCGCUCAAUGGGAAGCAGCUCGCCGAUGCGGCCGCCCAGCCCGAGAUGAAGGAGACCCUCAACAAGAUCCAGAGGCAUCUGCAGCACCUGGACAACCGCAUCUCCAGCCACGACGCCGAGCUGACCAACCUGAGCAACGGGCAGGGGCCCGGGCAGGGGCCGGGGGCCCCGCAGGGAGGGGCGCUGCUCCUGCAGGAGGUGGAGCGGCGGGUGCAGGAGUCCUGCGCUGCCUGCCUGGCGGGCGGCGAGGGGCUGCGGCGGCAGCAGGCCGAGGACCGCGAGCGCAUGCGGGGCCUGGAGAAACUCAUCAGCUCCGUGGACCAGCGGAACCGGGAGGCGGUGGAGAGCAUCCAGCGGCACGUGAGCGGCCUGGCGGGGCGCCUGCCCACGGACUGCUGCUCCCAGCUGGACGAGCUGCGCGGCAGGAUGGGUGACCUGGAGCGGAGGCUGGACAGCGUCUCUGGCUCCUUCGCCAUGCUCAACGGGCGCCUGGACCACGAGCUGGCUGGUCUGGAGCCGGCGGGGGCGGGGCGGGGCCGGCUGGCGGAGGUGGAGAGGCGUCUGAACGCCACCCAGCGCAGCCUGGAGGAGCACUACGCCCAGCAGCAGCCCCACCUGCACAGCCAGCUGGCGGGGGAGCUGAGCGGGCGGCUCAGCGGGGCCGAGGGGGAGCUCGCCAAUGUGGCCGGGCAGCUGAGCGGCUUCCAGGGCCACGUUCACCAGGCCCUGGCCAACCUGAGCCAGGACGUGGAGACGCUGAAGGACAGCGUGGCUCAGAGUGUGGCUGUGGUGAUGGAGCUGCAGGGCCAGGGCGUGGGGUGCAGCCAGCCCUGCCCCACGCCCCACGCCCCCUCUCUGGGCAGCCAGGACUCCCAGAUCAGCAACAUCCUCAGUGACCUGGAGCGCCGGGUGCAAGAUAACGAAGGGCAGCUGCGCACCCUGGGCUCCAACGUGCACCAGCUCAGCAGCUCCGGGGUCGGGCUGGCCGGCUCCGUGCGGGCCCUGCAGGCCGAGGGGAAGAAGCUGCGGGAGCUGGUGGGGGCGAACGGGGAGUCACUAGUGCGCCUGGUGGCUGAGAUCGGCAAGCUGGAGACCCAGCUGCUGGGCACGGGGGGCAGCGCCACCGACCCUACCGCCAAGGACCUGGCGCUCUUCUUCAACCGCACGGGGGCGCGGCUGGGCCAGCUGGAGGCCGAGCUGCGCGGGCUGAGUGGCGAGGUCCGGGCCGAGCAGCGCGGCUGCAGCCAGGCCUGCGCCGCCCUGCAGGACGAGGUGGGCCGGCUGCGCGGGGAGGUGGUGGCCUGUGCUUGCCCGCUGCUGCCCAGGAAGCCGGAGCAGGGCCGGGAGCCCGUGGAGGCCCACAAGCCCCUGGACGGCUUCAGCGUCUUCGGGGGCACGUCGGCCGUGGACCUGAAGUCGCUGCAGGGCGAGCUGUCCGAGGUGAUCCUGAGCUUCAGCUCCCUGAACGACACGCUGCGCGGGCUGCAGAGCACCGUGGACAAGCACCAGACCGACCUGCACGAGCUGGGCUCCACCAAGGACCGCAUCAUCGCCGAGAUCAACAAGGUGCAGGCCGAGGCCACGGAGCGCGCGGCCGAGAGCGAGGAGCGGCUGGAGGGGGUGACGCGCCAGCUGCACCACCUGGGCGGCACCUUGCGGGGCGAGGCCGGGGAGUGCCGGCGCGCGGCCGGCGGCCUGGAGCAGCGGCUGGCCAAGCUGGAGGGCGUCUGCGAGCGGCUGGACGCCGUCUCCGGCAGCCUGCGCAAGGUCAAGGAGGGGCUGAGCAAGCACGUGACGGGGCUGUGGGGCUGCCUGCAGGAGGUGAACGGCACCCUGCGCACCCACGGCGCCCUGCUCGACAAGCUGCAUGACGCCCGCCUGGGCACCGUCCACCCCCGCCUGGGCGCCCUCAACGCCUCCCUGCUGCGCCUGCAGGGCGAGGUGCACAACCUCACACGCCAGGACCUGGCAGGUACG